AUGGAUUUUUACUCAUUUCGUCUUUUUUCACAUCAUACAGAGUUCUCGACGAUUCUUCGAGGUGGGAAGUUAUUGCAAGAAUUUAUGGUAGACGCAUGGGCGACAACUGAGCAAAAUAGACUGAGGUACUUACGUAUGAACCAGGAUGUACUACGAGCAGAUGUAUAUCAGGGCCUCGCAGAUGCAUUAGGAACUAUUGUAAAUGAGGAGAUAAAUUUGAAUAAUCUUGGGCGGCGUAUAAUCCUUCCUUCAACACAUAUCGGAA